UGGACAGGGUGCACUCUCUCUCUCUGCAUAGAUGUCCGCUGGCGCAUGUGACUUACCAGAAAGUACAGAGAACGGGGAAAAGACAAUUCCCUCGCCGCAAUUACUAGAGAUUGUAUUGGAGCUGAUCGUACCGCCAGGGACAGUUGCCACUGUAGCCUUUAAAAAACACUCUGCUCUGCGUUUGUGAGCAAACUUUGGUUUUGGCAAAGAAGACUGGAUUCUACGCGGAACACCUUUGUAAAAAGAACCGGAAUAUAACGAACGAUUUUUUUUUCAAUUUUCUAUUCUUAUUAAUGAUGACGACUAGUGGUGGUGCGAACUGAAUUGAGGUGGCCAGUGUGACUCAAUUACACAUUCUCUGGGAAAAUUGUUCCUCCUCAUUUUUUGGGGAGUGGGACACCAGACUUUCACUAAAACCACAAUAUGCAUGAUGUGUCCAAACCAGGGUCCACAUUCUGCCCAGUAAUGCAGGCUCAAAAAUGACUUUUCAACCAAUAUAUCUAGAUGCAUAACUUCCUAUGGAUCGAACAACAGAACACCAUGCGCAGGCUUAAAGAAGAGUUCCAAUGCCUCUCCGAAUUCCACAAGGGAAUAUGAGGACUUCUCCACUCUGUCUUUCUGAGAUGCUAGCAGCACCAGACAACAGGACCGACCAGGCUAACGGCACGAUGCCCGUUGAAGCCAUCUACAUCGUGAUGGAGGUGAUCAUCGCAGUGACUUCGGUGUUCGGAAACGUGAUGGUUAUCUGGGCGGUGCGGAUCAACCGUUCGAUGCGAGACACCACCUUCUGUUUCAUUGUGUCUCUGGCUCUGGCGGACAUUGCGGUGGGGGCUCUGGUCAUCCCGCUGGCCAUCACCAUCAACAUCGGUUUUGAGAUGCACUUCUACAGCUGCCUGCUGGUCACGUGCAUCGUGCUGGUGCUCACGCAGAGUUCCAUCUUCGCGUUGCUGGCCAUCGCUAUCGACCGUUACCUGAGGGUGAAAAUACCCAUGAGCUACAAACAUGUGGUGACACGGCGGCGUGCAGGCACGGCGGUGGUGGUGUGUUGGAUGGUUGCCAUAGUGGUUGGCCUGACGCCCAUGCUGGGCUGGAACAACCGGCAGUGUCUCCAUGACAACGUCUCCCAGGUGAUGUGUACGUUUGAGAAAGUCAUCAGCAUGGACUACAUGGUCUACUUCAACUUCUUCGGCUGGGUGCUGCCGCCCCUCGUCCUCAUGCUGCUAAUCUAUGCUGAGAUAUUCUACAAGAUACACCACCAGCUCAACAAGAAGGUGACGGAGAGCCACAUAGACCGCAGCCAUUACUACAGUAAGGAGCUGAAACUAGCCAAGUCAUUGGCUCUGGUCCUCUUCCUGUUUGCCAUCAGCUGGCUUCCUCUAAACAUCCUCAACUGCAUCACGCUGUUUAGCCCAAAUGGUGACAAGCCCACGCUUCUCAUCUACAUUGCCAUCCUGCUCACACACGGCAACUCCGCUGUGAACCCCAUUGUCUACGCAUUCCAGAUCAAGAAGUUCCAGAAUGCGUUCCGGAAGAUCUGGAAGCAAUAUGUGCUGUGUAGGGACCCGGAAGGCAAGCUGCCCCAGAGAGGGAGUCAGAGGUGCCAGAGCAGAUUGGAGAGGAUGUUGAGGGCGAACGAUGAUAACAGUUAUGUCUGAUCUGGUGAUGAAGGUCAUAGGGGGGCACGGGUCUGUCGCAUCCCACAAUGUGUAUGUUGUUUGGUGUGGCGUUCUUUUACGCUUUUUAAAUUUGUACACUUUGUUUGUUAACCAUCUGUCAAUGAUGGCUUUUCAGUGGUGGGGUGUUGGACUGAUCGUGUUGAUCAUGAACAUACUCGGUACUAAAUUGACUUAUGGAAACGCUGCCGGUAGCGGAAUCCAAUAAAGCAGAGUUUCUACUACAAUGCAACUCAAACCACGAACGUAAUGGAUAUCCCAAGGGCCAAUCUAAUCCCUGAUUGUCUGCGAGUGGAUUACAAACCCAAAUGUAAAUGUGGAAAACGCAGGGGAAUCAGACAGAGAAGUAUGACAGGAUAGUAGACAGUAUAAAUAAAAAACAUCCCUUACCUACCACCUUGCUGAUCAACGCCCAGUCACUGAAGGGGAAACUACUUGGAGGCCUGUUUGUUGGCAUUUACUGAGACUUGGCUGGAUGAGUCCCAGACAUGGAAGUGGAGUCGGCUGGCUUCACACUGGCCAGAUCGUGAUCUGACCGUCACAGGGACUAGUAGUGUAAAUGGAUCCCCGUAAGAGAGAGACUCUGUACCCACAAUAUUGAACUGCUUUCUGUGUCACUGCGACCCUACUAUCUGCCCUGUGAGUUCCCCCAAUUGUUUGUUACCGUUGUGUACAUUCAACCAAAAGAUAAUAUAGCAAAGGCAUCAGAUAUUAUUUAUAAUCUGUCACAGAAACUGGGUACCAUCUCCCCCGACGCACCCACAUUUAUUUUAAGGGAUUUUAACAACAGCACUUUGCACAAGGUCCUGCACACGUACCACCAGUAUGUGAAAUGUCACACUAGGAAAAACAAGACUCUUGACCUGUGCUAUGGGACCAUACCAAAUGCUUUCUCUGCCACCAACGGACCUCCCCUGGGGACAUCUGACCACAAUGUUGUCUACCUCCAGCCAACCGACUGUUAGCUCUUGGAGAGGGAGAAACCUACAGUUAAAACUGUCCAGAUCUGGAACGACAACAGUAUCACUCCUCUCCAAGGGUGUUUUGACUGUACUAUGUGGGAGGUAUUUGAAGACAGCAGCUCUGAUCUUAACAAACUCACAGAUGUUGUUUCAGACCGUGUCAACUUCUGUGUUGAGUCAGUUGUGCCUAUUAAAACCAGUAAAGAAUUCCCUAACAAUAAGCCUUGGGUAUCAAAACAUCUAAAAUCACUACUUGAUAGGAAGAAGGCAGUUUAUGCUGAGGGUGAUAGACAGGCUUUAAGAGAUGCACAACGUGAGAUAAAAAGACAGAUACUAGUGGACAAGGAGGCAUGCAUGCAAAGGGUGGAGAGGACCCUCUCCUCAGGAAACUCAAGGGUGGCCUGGCAAAAGAUUAAAUACAUGGCUCGUGCCACCCACAUAGGCAGGGGAAAAAACAAUGCUGACCUUGGGAGACAUGAGGGCCAGAACAAGGCUAAUGAACUGAAUGUUUUCUUCUCAAGAUUUGAAUCAGACGACUUAGGAAGCAAACAAACAAAUGGAAGCAUCAUUACACGUGUUUGAGAGGGUUGUUGUUAAACAGGCUGAUGUUUUGAAGUUGUUCAGUGGAUGUAAUGCACAAAAAAAGCCUAGGCCUGGACAAAAUAAGUGGACAUUGAAGCACUGUGAUGAACAAAUAGUUGGUGUUUUUACAGACAUUUUCCAAUCCUCGCUCGACCGGCAACUGUGGUGGAAUAUUGACUCAGAAAUAUAACACAUUUACAAUACAACACAACACAUGCCAGUAUUGUGGAAAAACUCAAUAAUUAUACCCAUUCCUAAAGCAUCUUAGCCCUCUUUGCUGCAUGACCCUGUCGCCUUGACAUCCUUAGGAAGGAAAUGCUUUGAGAAAGUUGUGAAAGGUCAUAUUCUCAGCACCACCCGUUUCAGUUUGCCUAUCAGCCCAGCAGAGGAGUUGAUGAUGCCAUUCUCACUCUCCUCGACAUGAUCUACAGACAUCAAGAGGGCGCCAAAUCCCAUGUCAGUGUUCUGUUGUUGACUUUUCUUCUGCCUUCAACACAAUCCAGCCUUAUAUUCUGGCACAGACUCAUAAGGGACUUCUCCUGAGAUGGGGGGCUGGUUUUGUGGCUGUUGGACUUCCUGAGCCAGAUGUCACAGUGGGUCAAGUUGGGUGUCGGACAUAUGCACCACCAACACAGGCUCCCCACAGGGAUGUGUUUUGUCCCCACUCCUGUACAUUUUGUACACCAAUAGUUGUACUAGUUCACAUCCUGACAGACACCUAGUUAAAUUCGCUGUGAGAUGUGCAUAGACUUCAAGAAGCGUACAACACCUACCUCUGCAUCAUCUGUCAGAGGUCAGAACAUAGAGAUAGAGGAAUACAAAUACCUGGGUGUCCUCUUGGACAAUAAGCGUCAGUGGAGUAAAUGUACAGACCUGAUCUACUAAAAGAGUCAACAGAGACUGUACUUUCUAAAAAAGCUGGGAUCUUUUAAUGUUGAGAGUAUUUAAACUUUUUGUAUUGUUUGUUGGUUUGGCAAUUCCUGUGUCAGCCAGAGAAAGAUCCCGAGAAGGAUUAUCACCACAGCAAGCAAGGUACUUAGUUAAACAGACAGACCCUCAGCAAGGCUCAUAAAAUUAUUUUAGACCCAAGCCACCCCCUGUACCCGGACUUUGAACUACUCCCCUCUGGGUGCAGGUCUAGGGCACCCCCUGGCAUGAAAACCAAACUAGACAAUAAUUUGUGCCAGGUGUGAUAUCCCUCCUAAACAGUUCAGGCUGAUGUUCCUAUCGACAAAGUAAGGCCAGCAGGCUAGCUAGUCUUUUUUUAUUUGGAUGUAACUGUUAUGAAUAUUGUGCUGUCAAUUAGUGGUAUUGUCAUGUACAUGUUUAAACACCACGUUAAACAUGUACAUGAUACUGCAGCAACAUUUCCCCAUGGGGACAAUAAAGUAAGUAAGUAAGUGAAGAUGUCGGGAAUACUGGAUUAUAAGAGCUUUAGGAUGAACAUGACAAUGGUUUCUCUGUUGAUUCACCUGCUGGUUAGAGAAUUAUGAUUGGAUAAAGAGGUGGAGGUGGUGGGAGGGAUCCUAACCCUGCAGUGAUUGAACUGAAGGAGGGUUUGGAGAAGGGACCCUAUCCCUAACCCUUGGCAGAGUCGAGGGGGACCCUAACCUCAGUUUGACCCCACACAGUGAGGAAGUUCUGUCAAGGAAUGUUCCUAAAUGAGGGUUGAAAUGUUACCUCACACAGGCUGAACUAACUAUCCACAGGUGGCUGGGUUCCCAUACCGUAACCGUGGGUGAUUUAAUCUCUCUACAUUCUAGAAUGCAGCAGAAUGGCGUCACUCCUAAUACAUCACUAAGGUCCAUCGACUGACAAGACAGGUUGUACUGUCUGACCUGAUGCAAGACAACAGAACAGAAUAGACCAAUGGAGAGGUCAGGUCAGAAUGGUGAUUUAGGAUUCCGAAUUAGAAGGAAGGCAGAACUACUAACAAUGACUUCAACCAUCUCCCAUCGGCUUAGGGAACGAUGAUGUGUAACGGGUGAAGGGGGUAUCCGGCAUGUACCAAUAGGAACCUGUUGAACUAUUAGUAGCACACUAUGGCUGUGUCUGAAAUGACAGGAAUCCUGACUUUCAUUCUCCUCCAAUGACCCGUUAAUCGUGCUCUUCAGGGCUGCAAAGCCCGCUGCCACCUGGAGGGUAAAAACCUUGCUCGAGGCAUCAUCCUCCCCUACAAAAUCAAACAUAAUCUAUAUAACACAAGACCAACAUUAACUAUUGUAAUUCAGCCUGAAAUGUACAUUUAUCGUGCUGAGUUUCUCAACAAGUG